UCAAGGUGACAAGAAAAGCCACCUGGAAGGAGACUGGCCAGGAAAGGGUCAAGGGAACCCAAUGGGGCGCAAAAGCGGAGAGUCACUGCGCGGCAAGCAACACUGAGUAGUAACUAGCCGGCCGAUCAAAACUACGCCGGCUCCUCCGCACUAAGCGCACGCCGUCCUGCCGGCUUUGGGAUGGGUUUCCUGGUUUCCCCGCUGUUCUCCGCCAACGCGCAAACAGCCGCGCCGCGCCCUUCGCUCUUCCAACCGCGCCGCGGGAUGCAUCUGACCGGGAUUUCCUCUUCGGGGAAAGUGCGUGGAAGCCGGGCGAAGGCUCCGCGCCGCGUUGCUGUUGCCUGCCGGUCCCCGCCCCUUUCCUUCGCCUCCCUCUCCCUCGCGAAGUUGGCCUCCCUCAGCCGCUCCGGUCCUGGGAAGGACAGGGACUCUCUUGGCUGGAGCCGUCAUGUGACGCGAUUGGGCUGCCUGGAUCGGCGCCGCACCAUGAGAGACCUGGGGGCUGGGCAGCGCGCGAGCAGGCGCCAGGUAGCGCCCCGGGGGCUGCUGUUCCCUCGCCUCUUCUGCCUGCUCCUGCUUUGGACCAAAGAGAGCGCCGCGCUGGCUGACUUCUCAGGUUACCUAACCAAACUCCUGCGAAACCAUACUGUGUAUGCCUGUGACGGUGAUCAUUUGAGUCUGCGGUGUCCUCGGCAUUCAACAAUAAGUGUCCAAUCUGCAUAUUAUGGGCAAGCUUAUCACUUGUGUAGUGCACAGCAACCUGAAGUCAUGGCGAAAGAGCCCCUAAACUGUGUAGCAUCUACUACCUUGCAGAAAGUCCUCGAUGAAUGCCAGGACCUGAGAGACUGCCAACUCCUUGUUAACAGUCGACUUUUUGGAUCUGAGUUAUGUCCAGGAGUCACUAAAUACCUCCUAGUCUCCUUUAAGUGCCGACCUAGUGAAUAUAAAACCAGAUCAGUAUGUGAAAAUGAAGAACUGAAACUACAUUGCCAUGAAUCAAAAUUUCUUAACAUCUAUUCAGCCUCUUAUGGCAGGUCUGCCCACGAGAUGGACUUCUGUUCAACAAAAAUGGAUUAUCUUCCCCAAUAUGAUUGUUUUUCCUAUUCAGCUUUAGAAGUCUUGUCGAAGAAGUGCUAUGGAAAGCAAAGGUGUAAAAUUAUUGCUAACAGUCAUAACUUUGGAAGACCAUGCAUGCCUGGGGUGAAAAAAUAUCUCAAUGUCAGCUAUGCAUGUGUCCCCAGGUUCAUAUUUGCAGCAGUUAAUCCAGUGGUUACCAUACUUCCUCCCUCUUGGAAGCCAAAAGAAGAUGAAUAUGAUAUAAAUGUUGAUCCAAAAGAAUCAAGAAUUCCAAAGAAGGAAGAAACUAUAAUUAGCAGCAGUUUGGCUACAUUUGCAUACAUUAGAGAUCACCUUGAAAGAGCUGCUCUCUUGUUUGUGUCUAGUGUUUGCGUUGGCCUAAUGCUCACACUUUGUGCUCUGGUAAUGCACAUUUCUUGCUGCGAUGAUGUGAUAAAGCUAUGGAGGAUGAAAAAGCAUCAGGUGCUAGAAAAUCAGAAGGCUGCUGAAAACAAUGAGGAGGAGGAAGAAGAGGAAGAGGAAGAAGAAGAGAGAGGGGAAUCUUCUGAUUCAGAUUUUACUGAUGAACUAACAGGCUUAUGCAGGACUUCAAAUUCAGCUUAUUGUUCCCUGGAUGCAGCUGAACUGGCUGAAAGGAUAGAGCGGCGGGAACAGAUCAUGCAAGAAAUCUGGUUGAACAGUGGCUUGGAAGCAUCUCCUACUAGAAGCUUCAGCCCAUUCUAUAUCAAUGAACAGCAGUGCAUUUGUUUUGGAUAACAUGCACCUCUUUUCUUAAACUACCUUCUGUGAAGGAUCAUCUGCAAUGUAAUAUAAUAAUUAUUACAAAGAUAUAUAAAUAAUUAUUUAAAAUACCUUAAAACAGUUUUUAGUAUGGCAUAUUUUGAAUCCUUGCCUCCAGUUUAUUCUAUUUAUUUUAUCUCUGAAUUGUUUAUAAUUGUUUGAAAAUGAGAACCUAUGUUAAAAACCAGCACUAUAUGUAUUUGCACUAAGAAGAACCUGUUUUGGACCAUAAAAGGUAAGGCUGAUAUAGCUAAGGUCACUAUGCAGAUCUCUUUUUCAAAAUAACUUCUAGACAUAUUUCAUUAGUUCAAGCCAAUCAAAUCUACAUGUAUUCCUGUCUUGAAAAUAUCAUAUAUUUUAUUGCAAUCUCCAGGAAACCUGAAGAACAAAGGAAGGAAAAAUGUCACUUCCUACUUAAGAAAUUUAGAAAUGUCUGAACUUUCCCUUUAUGUUCAUAUAGUGACAUGAAAUGUAAUGGGUGGAGCAGCUUUUGAUUUUUUUUUUAAAAUUUCUGAUGGGUUUAAAGUAAAAAAAUGGACCUUGAGAAAAUAUAUGGAAUGUUUUUUUCCAAUAACUAAUUAGUGACUUAAUACCGUACUGGGAAACCUUCAACUGAUUCAUUUCCUAGUAACACAGGAAGUCAACAGUUGCCAAAAGAGGUUUUUUUAAAAACAAGAAUUGAACUUGGUAUUGUAAAGAACUAUAAUGUGGUCUUAUUCAUUCAAGGUCAGAAAAUAAUCUGAUUUAGACUGAUUGACUGUGCUGUAGGCGAAGAGCAGGUGCACAUUCUGUUCUCUGUGGCAUAUAAUAUCCAUACCCAUAAUGCUCUUUCCUUUGGGGAAAACAAUGCCAUGCAAACUGCAAAUAAUAAUAAUAAUUAAUAAGCAAAAUAACUCAGAGAGGGAAUAUAUGAGAAAAUACAACUAAUUGGAAUUUACACCAGCACCUUCAUACACUUUUCAGUCUUUCAAACCAGAUUUGAUUUCACCAUGUACAUACACUUAUUUGUUUUUCUUUAAGUUUGUACUGUGUUUUCAAGUUUCCUUACCCCAUUCACUUUUAUAUUUGUUUUGCAAUUUUAUCCUAUUCAUUCUCUGUGAAACCAAGCCCAAACCUUAAGCCAGACUUCAGUUAAUUUUGUCAUUUGAGUCGUUCACAUUUGUAUUUUAUCAUACAGCUUACUACUUAACACUCAUUGCAAAUCAUUUUGGGAUCUCGGCCACAAACAUAGCAUCAUUUGCUUAUAAAACUGUACAGUAAACCCUGUCAUGGCCCAAUCAGCACAUCCAUAGUGUAAUGUAAUACCAACAUGUAUUACGUAUUUCUAUGUAAAACAACCAAGGGAACCUCAGACACUUUUUUGGUCUUACUUUCUGCUUGUACCAUUUAUUAAGCAUUCCAUUUAUUUUCAGGCAUGUUUUACUCUG